AUGGAACAACUGUGGUUGUUCUUUGUGUUGUUGGUCUUUUUUGUAGCUUCACUUGUCAAUGCAGAAGUUCACUUUCAUGAGUUCGUUAUCCAAAAGACGCCUGUGAAGAGGCUAUGCAAAGUUCAAAACUCGAUCACGGUGAAUGGACAGUUUCCAGGGCCGACCUUGGAGGUACGAAACGGUGAUUCGCUUGUCAUCACUGCCAUAAACAAAGCUCAGUACAACGUCACCCUCCAUUGGCAUGGGAUACGGCAGAUGCGGAAUCCAUGGGCGGAUGGACCAGAGUACAUAACCCAAUGCCCAAUCCAACCAGGAGGGAGUUACACCUAUAGGUUCAAUAUCGAAGAACAAGAAGGUACUUUGUGGUGGCAUGCUCACAGCAGAUGGCUUCGAGCCACCGUGUAUGGAGCUCUCAUCAUUCGCCCUCCGCUCUCUUCUCCUCAUUACCCUUUUCCAGUUCUUCCCAAGAGAGAGUUUACCCUUCUCUUAGGACAGUGGUGGGACAGAAACCCCAUGGAUGUUCUGAACCAAGCCCAGUUCACAGGAGCAGCGCCAAACGUGUCAGACGCCUUAACCAUCAAUGGUCAGCCUGGUGAUCUCUACAGAUGCUCCAGCCAAGAAACUUUGAGAUUUCUGGUGGGAUCAGGAGAGACCAUUCUCCUUAGGGUCAUCAACUCUGCCUUGAACCAAGAACUCUUCUUCGGUGUGGCGAAUCACAAACUGACAGUUGUUGCUGCGGAUGCAUCCUACACCAAACCUUUCUCGACCAAUGUCAUAAUGCUAGGUCCUGGUCAAACAACCGAUGUGCUUCUAACCGCAGACCAACCACCUGCACACUACUACAUGGCGGCACACGCCUACAACAGCGCCAACGCUCCCUUUGACAACACUACCACCACCGCAAUCAUCCAGUACAAAGGCGCCCCUUGUGUUACUCUUCAAGGUAAAUCGCAGGCACGGGCAAUAUCCGCGCAGCUGCCAGGAUUCAACGACACAGCAACAGCAGCAGCGUUCACAGCGCAGAUGAAGAGUCCUUCGAAAGUGGAAAUACCACUCGACAUUGACGAGGACUUGUUUUUCACAGUAGGAUUGGGACUAUUCAACUGCCCAACCCCCAACACGCAAAGAUGUCAAGGCCCGAACGGAACACGCUUCACCGCGAGCAUCAACAACGUCUCUUUCGUCUUCCCUAAACGAAGCUCCAUAAUGCAAGCCUAUUACCAAGGCAACCCCGCCGGUGUUUUCACCACAGACUUCCCUCCAGUUCCUCCUCUCACAUUUGACUAUACAGGAAACGUGAGCAGAGGGCUAUGGCAACCUACCCGUGGAACAAAGGCCUACAAACUAAAGUUCAUGUCGAAAGUGCAAAUUAUAUUGCAAGACACGAGCAUUGUGACCACUGAGAAUCACCCGAUGCAUCUCCACGGGUACGAGUUCUAUGUAGUUGGGACAGGUAUUGGUAACUUCAGCCCGAGCAAAGAUACAGCCUCCUUCAACCUCCUCGACCCACCACGAAGAAACACAAUCGGAACUCCUCCAGGUGGAUGGGUAGCUAUCAGAUUCGUGGCCGAUAAUCCAGGAGUUUGGCUGAUGCAUUGUCACCUCGAUUCGCAUAUAUUAUGGGGUCUGGCUAUGGUCUUCUUAGUUGAGAACGGCGAGGGGCAUUUACACUCUGUUCAGUCUCCACCAUUGGACUUGCCCGGAUGUUAA